AUGAAUAGUGAUGAUGAUAAAGAAAACCAAAAAGAUGUCUUUCGAGUAUUGGACACAAAUGUUAACAUAAAGGAGGAGGAGGAAAAGAAUGAAGGGAAGUUCGAAAAGAUAGAUAAUAAGAAUGAACAGAAAGAAAUAAAUAAUGAAAAGAAUAUCACUAAUAAUGAUAAUAAUAAUGAUAAUAUUAAAAAUAGUUGUGAUGUUAUUAAAAUAUUAGAAGGAAACGAUUUAUUAUCUUCAUCUAACGGUGAAAUAAAGAAUAUAUAUAAUUCAUCUGAGGAUAUAUUAACAAUAGAUCUAAAUAAACAAAACAAAAUAAAAGAAUAUAAUUAUAUAGAAAAAGAAAACGAUAAAUACAUUUUAAAUAAUAUAAAUAAUUAUGAUAAUAUAUUAUCAAAUAGUAAUCAGAAUGGUAAUGAAGAUAUGAUUAGUUGUAAUAAAGAAAAAUAUGAAUUUACAGAUUACUUACAUAAUAAAAUUAAAGACAAAACGUUGGAUAUGAAUUUAAAUAUAUCUUAUGAUCAUAUAUCUCUUGACGAACAUAUAAAUUUGGAUAUAUUGUAUAACAUGGAUGAUUUAAAUUACGAUAUUAUAAAAAAUAACACACAAAAAAAGGAUGUUCCCAUUGGUGAGUAUAUUUUGAAUGAUGACAAGAGGGAUAUUAUGAGCACAAUAAAUAAUGAGGAGAAGCUUGCUGAAAAUUGUCGUUUCGUCCUUUUAAAUAAUGAGCACACCAAAGGAGAUAAAACGUGUGAUGGUAAUAAUAAAGCGUCUUAUAAUAAAACGUCUUAUAGUAAUAACAAAACGUGUGAUGGUAAUAACAAAGCGUUUGAUAGUAAUAACAAAACGUUUGAUAGUAAUAACAAAACGUUUGAUAGUAAUAACAAAAUGUCUUAUAGUAAUAACAAAACGUUUGAUAGUAAUAACAAAACGUCUUAUAGUAACAACACUUUUUAUAAUAAAGAAACGCCGUUUUUCAUAGAUACAAUUAAAAACUUUAAAGAAGAUCUUAUAUAUAAAAAAAUGUUUGAAAAUGUUAGUAGAAAAGGACUCAUAUUUAUUUUAACUAUCCAAGAUGUACUUAUUAAGAAGACUAAAAAAAUACUAUGCAACAAAUGUAGUGAGGAGAUACCCAGCUUUAAUAAUAUAAAUAAUAUUUUAAAAGACAUGCUAAAAAUAAAUAUAGAAAAACAAACUAGCGAAAUAUAUAUGACAAAACUUUUAAAAAAGAUAAAAAUGGAUUUUUUAAAAACACAAGAAUAUUUAACAAAACAGAUAAAAGAUAAAAUAUAUAUUAUAAAUAAUUUGAAUAUAAAAAAUGAACUUCUUAAUAAUACUAUUAAAAAAUAUAAAGAAUAUUUUUAUAAAAUAAAAAAUGAAGAAGAAAUUAAAAACUCACGUAUAAAAAUUAAUAUACAUAAACAGUUUUUAAAUGUUACAGAUUUUCUUUAUCAUUUAAUGUUACAUAUAUAUACAAAAAUUACAGAGAAAAAUAAUAAGUUGAAAUUUUUAAUAUGUCAAAUGAAGAAAUUGAAAUUAUAUGAUGAACAACAUGAGAAUGUCCAAAACAAUAAAAAAAAAAAAAAUAAUAAAAUAUUAAAAAAUCAAAUGAAAACCAAAAUGAAAACCAAAAUGAAAAUGAAAAUGAAAAAAGUAGAUCAUGAUCAUCUAUCUAAUGUGAAUAUUAGAAAUCAAAAUAAUAAUAAAUAUGAUUUUAAUAAAAAUAAGAAGAAAAAAAUAUAUAACAAUCCAAAAUAUGCUUCUCAUCAUUCUGAUAACAAUACAAAUUUAAAUAUAAAAAAUACUUUGAAUAAUAAAAAGAAAAAUACACAAGAUUUAUUAUUGUCAAAGAAAGGUUUCUCUGAUGUUGAUAAUAAUAGAAGUCAAUCUUCUUCUUUGAAUAGUUCAAGUAUUACGUUUUUAUCGAAUGAACUGUGUCUCUCUGAUUUUACCCAUAUGAAUACUAAGAAAAACUUAACCAAAAGAAAUAAAAACAAAUACAAAAAAAAUACAAAAAAAAAGAAAAACAUGCAUUCAUAUAAAAAUGUUGAGGAAUCGGUAUCUGUGAGUUCUGGUACUAAUGAUGUCAUAAAAGAUGUGCAAAAAAAGGAAUGUGAUUAUAGGUAUGAUAGAGAUAUAAUUAUAAAAUUAAAAAAAUACAAACAUAAAUAUCAAGAGGAGUUGAAGAGGAACAAAACGUUAAAAUUUUUAUUGACAAAUAAGGAUGACGAAAUUGAACAAAUAAAGACCCAUUUUAAAGAAGACUUGGAACAUAAGGAAAUAUUUUUCCAAGAUGAGGAAAAAAAAAAAUGUGAUGAAAUAUACCACCUUAAAACAUUAUUAGAAAAAGAAGAAAUGAACAAUAAAGAACUUAAGGAUUUUAAUGAGAGCUUAAAGAAAAAAUUAGAUAUAUCCAUAUGUAAUGAGAAAGAUUUAAAUAAUAAAUUAUAUGAUUUAAAUAUGUUAAUUACCAAAGAAAGAGAUAAAAAUAAAUUUUUAUUAUUACAAAAUAAGAGACUGAAAUGUAUUAUUAUAGAAAGUAAUUGUAAUAAAGAUUUUAUAUGUAGAAAAUCCAAUAUGAAGAAUCAUAAUUUUUUGAAAUAUCAAAUUAAUUAUCCUAAUGAUCCUAUUUCUAAUAUUGGAAGAAAAAAUAUAUAUAAUAACAGUAUGAAUGAUUCGGAGAAUUAUUUGUCAGAUACAUAUAUGAUUACUAGAGAUAAUGAACAUAUGUAUCCUAUGGAUAGAUAUAAUAUGGACGAUAUAUAUAUACAAGAUAUAUCUCAUGAGCAUAUAAAUGAUAAUUUAACAGAUGAUGCUAUAUAUAAUGGUAUGGAUAAAUUUAAAAGAACAACGUUGCGGAAAUAUUCUAAAGCUCACAAAAGAAAUCCUUAUCAAAGUAAGCAUGUAAAAAAAAUAGAUGAAGAUCCAUAUAAUCAAAUGAUGUAUGAUAAUAAUGUUUAUUACAAAUAUUACUAUGAUAAAAAUCCAUAUAAAAAUUAUAAAAUGGAUGUAUCAUAUUAUAGUGAUAAUUCGGUACAAAUCAAAGAAAAAAGAAAAAAAAGAUCUGUAGAUAUCAAUUCUAGAAAUAACAAAAUAAAAAAUAAAGAACUAGCCAAAAGGGGAACCAAGCUAAUAAAUCGAAUAGCUGAUGAAAAUGAGAAAAUAAUAAUAAAAAAAAAAAAAAAUUUUAAUAAUAAUAAUAAGAACAAAGAAAUAAAUGAUAAUAAUCGUAAUAUCAAUACAAUUAAAAAGACGUUAAAUCAUAAUAAUAAGGAAAAUAUAUCUGAACAAAUCAGAAAUGAUAUAAUAAAUUUUGAUGAACAGAAUUAUAAAAAAAUUAUAAAUAAUAUAGCAAAAGAAGAAAAAGAAAUUGAGCAAAUAAAAGACGAUGAUCUUUAUGCUAUAUUUAUGGAGAAUUGGGAUGAAUCUCGUGUGUAUGAUAAACUAAAAAACGAUUCGGAUAUAAAUAUGUCAUGUUCUUUUAUAAAAAAUUUAAAUAAUGAUGAUAUAUAUAUAACACAGAACAAUGAUAUACCAACAAAUACUACAACUACUACAAAUAAUAAUAAUAAUAAUAAUGAUAAUAUGGAGAUUAAGAUGAAUAAUUAUCUACACCAAAAUAUCACAAAACAAGAACAUAUAACAAAAGAUACAAUAAAUAAUAAUUUGUCUGAUGUACAAAAAAAUAAUCAAAUAAAACAAAAUAAUGAUAACAUAAUAAAUGUACCAUAUAAUAAUAACUCAAACGUAGAUGAAAGGUAUAAUGAAGAUAUUGAAGAGAAAAAACAUAUUACUUUUGAAAAUCAUAACCUUGAUAAUAAUUCUAAAGACAAUAAAGAAUUUUGUUUUGCUCCACCUGUUAUGCCGUAUCAUAUAAAUAGCAUAGAAAAUUCAAAUAUAAUUAAUAAUCAGAAGGAACAAAAUGAUGAUAAUGAAGUUCUUAUGACUUACGAAUUAUAUAAACAAAAUAAAGAAAAAUAUAUGCAUAUAAGUUUAAAGAAAAAAAGUGUAACUCAUGAUGAAGGUGAAAAUAAAUCACACAACAUUAGUAAUAAUACUAAAAGUGUAUUGAUUCGAAAUAUUUUACCAAGCAAUAAUAAUAAUAACAAUAAUAAUAAUAAUAAUAGUAAUAAUAAUAAUAAUAAUAAUAGUAAUAAUAAUAAUAAUAAUAAUAAUAAUAAAUGUAAUGAUCAGGAGAAUAAUUAUAAUGAUAAUCUUAUUUGUAAGGGAAAAAUGAAACCACUUGAACUUUCAAAAAAUAAUCUUAAUGAUCAAUAUUCAUAUGAAAAUAGUUGUCGUGAGCUAAGUUUGAAUAAUAGUGUGAAUGAAGUUUAUAAAACCUUAAGGAAUAAUUAUGAUAACAAUGGUCAUAACUUUUUUCAAGCAUACGAGAGUGAGGAAAGAAAUGUAUCUAAUAUAGACAUUAUAAAUAAUCAGGAUAUUAAACAUACAGAAAUAAAUAUAUCUAAUGAUAAUACUUUUAUGCCUAAUCCAAAAAAAAAUAUAGAUAAUAUAAAUGUUGGACCAAUGUGUUCAUCUAAUCAUAAAAAUAUAAAGAUUGAAAUAAAUAAUAAAGAUUUAAAUAUUCUGAAUGAUAAUUUAAAUAUUCAUAUAAAUCAAUGCUCAACACAAGACAAUAUUAUAAAUUAUAAUGAAAAAGUAAUUUUUAAUAAUGAACAAAAGAAAUAUGAUACACAUGUUUCGAACAUUACUUCUAUGCAAAAUUGUCAAGUUGUAUAUGAACCAGAACAAAUUAAUAAAGCCAUAGAUAGUAAAGUACAAAAUUUAGAUAACAAAAAUACUAUCAACGAAUUACAUUUUUUAAUAAAUGACUUAUCUACAUCUAAACAGAAUAUAUGUAACACAAAUAAUAUACUUAUAAAUCCACAUACAGAAAAACAUAUAAAUAAUGAUAACCACAAAAUCAACGAUGAUUAUAUAGGAACACAUGAUUUUAUAAACACAAGUGAUGUUCAGUGCGACACAAAUUUGGUAGAAGCCAAAAGGAAAUCUCUUCCAAAUGCAUCGAGGAUAAGAAAGAAUGAAGAAAGAGAUAGAGGUGUCUUAAGCCGAAUAUUAAGGAAAAUAUAA